AAUAAGUGACAGAUUUCACAGAUGCACCAGAAGACCCCCCACCAGAAACUCAACACGGUGUUUUUAUUCCUGUUUGGCUCCGUGUAUGAGGCACCCACAGCAGCGGUGAUGGGUCGGUAAAGCCUCCCCGGUGUUCGGACGGCGCUCCAGGCCCGGGACGGGACGGGACGGGACGGUCGGUGUCGCCAGGCUAAAGGCUAAAGGCUAAAGGAGCUCAGAGGCUGUAAUCCCCGGAUGUAUCCAUCAUGGCUGCCGCUCGCUGAGCUGUCAAGCUCUCUACAAAAGAAAAGAAACUUUCAAAUCCAUGGAUUCGCUGGAUAUUUGUGCAGCUACCUCCACGGGAGAUAAUAAACGUCGUGUCAACAAGAAGAAUAGAGAUUGGCACAGCCGGCUCCACCUCAGGAAGACCGCUGUUCAGCCCCCAACUAUGCAAAGUGAAGAUAAGCAUGGACCAAAGAAGAUAGCAGAGGAGUGGGAGCAAAGCACAAUGUGGCCUUCAUCAAAGAAGCCCCGCCAGGAAGCACAACGGCGUCAACGCAGGACAAAUAAUGGUGGAAAUUCACUCAGGUUCACAUGCUCUCAAUGCAAGGACAACUUGGAAUACGUUCCCAAAGACUUAGUGAGACACUUUGAGGAAAAUCAUAGGGGAAGCCCACCAGUGUUUUCUUGCCAUAUGUGUACUUUUAAUACACAUGAGUUCUCCUACCUUCAGGUUCAUCUUUUAAGCCACAAGGACACUUUUUCUAGUUGCAGCAUUUGUAAAGACAAUGUUCAGCGCACGUGGUCUGAAUUCAGUGCACACCUGACAAUGUGUCAUUGCCAAAAUGGCAAAUAUUCAUGUGAAAUAUGUAAUAAGUUCUCUACAGGGGAUGACAGUGUCUUUUUAGAGCACAUAUGUCUCCAUAACUUAAGCCUAGAUGGAACCAGUGAGCUGGAGGCAACGGACAACAAGCAGUUCAGGCCUCAAACAACCACUCAGACGUUACGUUGUCAGUACUGUGAUUAUGAGGCAUCUCAGAAAUUGCUUACUAAGCACAUUAAUGCUGUACAUGGUGGUCAGAAUUGUAACCAGAAAAAGAAGGAGGUUCAUUCCUUUGCGAUGAAGCCAAAUGACCCGAUCCCAAAAAUUAAGCCUAGAUUAACUAGAAGUGCAGUUAGGGAAAUGUGUUGGCUGACACAGGACUGCCUCUCUCUGCCAGGCAGGGAAUUCUUGGAUAAAUACUGCCAUCUGUCAGAUCCACAAACAACACUAGAGGAGACUCAACAGUUUUUAAUGAAAUCUGUAGCUGGGGAAACCGGCAAACAGAAGUGGACCAAGGCUCUCAAAACUGUUCUGUCCAAUGUCCCUCAGGACAUGAAUCUGCAUCCGAAGGCAGAGAAUGGCAUCAUGUCAAACUCUGUGUUUCCUGACAGCAGCAGAGAUGUGACUGUCCUCACGGUGCAGAACAAGAUCACCGUCGCUCAGAACGGUGCUACUUACGCCAAAAGGUUGAAAAUGAUGGCGUCGUCAGAAAAAGAAACCGUCUCUGCUGAAAGUACCGCUGCUGAUGCUCGAUGUGUGUUUGACCAAAAUGGGUGUGAGUCAAACUUGAAUGAAAAUACACACGGUCCACAGGCCGAAACAAAACUAAGUCAUGACGUCUUAAUAAUGUCAGUCCAGAAUGAGACAUCCGAGUGCACUCAGAUGCAGGAAAACCGAGAGAAUCAGGAACUAAAAACGGAUCUGAAUGGUGAGGAACACAGCACGACAAGCGAGGAACCCAAACAUUUACAUCCACAGGACGAUGGGGUUAAUAUUUCCAAUGAGUUAAAAAUGCAAAAUGACAACAAAGAGCAGACAUGUGUUUCUAAAGCUUUACCAAAAAAGAAGAGAAGGAAUCAAAGAGCGAAGCGAAAGACCCGGUCUAAAAAAGCAGAUGCUUCUUCAGGUUUGGCCUUAAAGAUAGUGUUAAAGAAAAACCCAGUAAAAGAAAAGCAGUGGGUGUCACAGAGCUCAGUGGAUGGCAGCGAUGAACCGCCAGAUCUUCAGUCAGGAGUGGAGGAAACUGCACAUCCUCCACCCACAGAAAUACACCAGAAGAAAGUUUCCAAGACUGACAUGCAGGACCCCUCAGGAGCCAUCACUUCAACGUCACAAAAGCCGGGGGAUGAAGUCCUCCACAACUGCACCUUGGAGCCAGAAGGGCCCGAAAACGUGGAUGCAAACGGGCUGGAGGGGCACCAGGAUGCACAGAAACCACUGCAGAUCUUAGAGAAAGAAGAAGACAGGAGCGUUUCAGGUGCUGAUACCAGGGUGGAAAUGUGUCUGGGGAACGUGCAGCUUCAAGCCUGCGACGGCAGUGAGGACUGCCAUGUGUCGGACAAGGAGAAGGAUUCUGGAGUGACUCCCUGCAGCAGUUACACCAAGGCUUCCCCUGUUUCGCAACCUGUUAUUACACCACAGGGUGCAGAUUUGAGCGUCGCUGUUUCGUCACAUGAGCCGCCCGUGGAUGGGAUGAGGGAGGGAGUGGCUGCAGACGCUCACCUCAGCAAGUUCACAUCUGAAAAAAAUCAACAGCAGUCCUCGCCAACACCAGCACCCGCCCUCCGCCGGCAGCCAGUCCCAAAAAACCUGGAAAGAACCUUGAAUUUAGUAGCCAUAAAUGCCAAUCAGCUGAUAAAGCGUCCGGCCGGAGACCAGCCCGUUGUGGUGCUCAACCACCCGGACGCAGACAUCCCAGAGGUCACCAGGAUCAUGGAGGUCGUCAACAGGUACAAAGGAGAGGUCCGGAAAGUCGUACUGUCCCGCAGGACUCUAAACGCGCUCUCGGACGCAGACGGCGAGGUCGCGGAGACAAACGACCCGUCGGACGCAGACACCGAAUCCGAUCCCGCGUCGCUCGGGAAAACCCCGGUGCAGGAGCGAUUUGUUUUGAAACUCAAACUUCGCAGGUUAAGCAGGAAGAAGUACGAGGUGGUGAACACGGCGGCGGCGUCUCCCAGCAGGGACGUGGAGACCAAGUUCAGCUGCUGGUUUUGCGGCAGGGUCUUCGCAUGUCAGGAAACGUGGAUGGUCCAUCGGCAGCGACAUCUGAUGGAGUGGAAAAGUCCAAACUGUGAAAACUCUUAAAUGUCGCACACACUGGAGGACAAUACGAUCUGGAAGGAGAACUUUGCAAUACAACGAAACUAUCAUGGAAACGUAUCCGGUCUCCAUUUUUUUUUUUUUUUUGUAAGUCUUAAGUUAGACUGGUAGGAUUUGAGGAGGUUAACGUGGAUAUCAUGCUUCCUGGAGGGUUCAUGUUCUCAGGGUAAUUGAAAUAUUUACCUAUUGUCUCUCUCCAAGUCUGAGUAGCUUGAUACACCGUUUGUACAUCAGUAAUUAUUUGUAAAGCCACAAAAACUGUGGAAUUGUUUAGUAAUAAUUUAGUCCUUUGUACUGUUUAUAUUUUGUCUACACAAUAGCUUUAUUUAAGGUGAUUCUAAGUACACUGUUGUAUGAAAUCUUUUAUAGAACACUGUAAUAUGUAUAUUUGCCAUACCAUCGGAGUUUGAUGAAUCAGUUUAUGUACGGGUAGGCUAUGCAGUGUGGUAGCUAUCAUAUUUAUGUGUUUGGAAUGGGACGCAGAGGCCCGCAAGUUACUCAGAUAUACCAAAACUGUGUGUUUUUUUUAAGAAGAAAAUGGAAAAAAAAAAACACAAUAAGCUGUUUUACUCAACAUUUAUUUAUGACUUAGUCUUUAUACGCUUUCUUUUUACAACAGGCCGCUGGAAGAAGCAGUGUAUUUGUCAAAGUUCCGUGUAAACUCCAGAUUAUCAUGCAGAGAUGUUAUCCGAAGAGGUGUAGUCGCGCUUUCAUUUCCCCCGUAGACGAUUAAUUUAAAAACCUGUGUGAUGUUGAUGAAAUACAGCAAAAUCUUCUAAAAAUCAAGCUCUAUUUUUUUUCUUAACAUGAAGAGGUUU